UUAGCUCCAGCUGAUAUUCGAAGAGAAAAAGUAACUUUUCGUCAUUUAGAAAAAGAAGGUUGUCGAAUUGCUAAAGAAUUAAAUCAUUCUCUACCAUCAUCAAGUUGGUAUUUUCGAUUUAUGAAACGCCAUAGUUUAUCAUUACAACGACCUAAGAGACAAGAUAAAGUACCACUUGAUGAAGUUCAUCAUUUAGCUAAUUCUUUUUAUAUGUUCAAUCGUCGUGUUAGCUUAUGGUCGAUUAAACGUGGUGCUAUGGGUGCAUUUAUUGCUGAAGAUAUUUGCAAUAUGGAUGAAUCUCCACUAGCACUUUUUGGUGAUCAAGCUAAAAGGUCUAUUAAUGACAUUGGUGCAACUCCAGCUGAUAUUCGAAGAGAAAAAGUAACUUUUCGUCAUUUAGAAAAAGAAGGUUGUCGAAUUGCUAAAGAAUUAAAUCAUUCUCUACCAUCAUCAAGUUGGUAUUUUCGAUUUAUGAAACGCCAUAGUUUAUCAUUACAACGACCUAAGAGACAAGAUAAAGUACCACUUGAUGAAGUUCAUCAUUUAGCUAAUUCUUUUUAUAUGUUCAAUCGUCGUGUUAGCUUAUGGUCGAUUAAACGUGGUGCUAUGGGUGCAUUUAUUGCUGAAGAUAUUUGCAAUAUGGAUGAAUCUCCACUAGCACUUUUUGGUGAUCAAGCUAAAAGGUCUAUUAAUGACAUUGGUGCAAGUAAUGAAAUAAAUGGAUACAUUAGCAACAAGGUAAUCUAACAGACUGUACCAAAUUUUCAUUAUAUAUUUUAUCAUAAAUUAGAUAUUUAUCUUUUUUGAAGAAUUUUUUUAACCGUAUUUCUCAAUAGAUUGAGGAUAUAUAAAUGUAUUCUCGAAUGAAACAUUUUUAUGAAAUUAUAAACCAUAAAUAUAAUAUCAGCUUUUACUCGUUUUGAGUACAAGCUAUAUAGAAGGCUAAGCUUUUUUUCCACUUUUGC